ACCGUGGAGUCGACCGGAGGCGAAGUGCGUUUCGUCUGCGUUACGUCCGCGUCACGAUCCAGCAAGCAGUCGUCACGCGUCGUCACGUCGCUUGCCCCUCAAGAUGGCGGUGUUGGUGUAGUGCUUUCAGUGCUCCCGAAGUGAUCAGUGUUUGUGCCAGCGACUGUCAGCGCAGCCCGUCGCGGGCCCCAGCUGUGUGGCCGCCCCGCCGCCCGCUGCAACGCGUCACCGCUGCCCGCCGUCCUGCCCGUCCAGUCCGCGGAGUCCUGUGCUGACCUUGCCAGGUCUCCGGCUGAGGCUCCCGAUCUCGUGACGCUGCUUGGCUGCGCCCCACUACGCGCCGCCACGGCCCCGUGCCACGGCCAGCGCCGCCUCGACCGGCCAACCACCAGGCUGCAUGCGGAUCGACACCUAGCUGAUGGGUACCACCAUGAAAAGGCACUUGUCAACAACACUAUGGCUGGCCUAUGUUGUUUCACUGGCCCUAACGGCAACAAGUGCUCUUGCGCAGGAGUUCUCCUGCCCCAAGAACUGCUCCUGUGCUCGCGAAGACCGUGAUGAAUUUGAAGUAACAUGUCCUAGUGAUGGAGAAAGGAUAGCCCUCAAGCUACAGCCUCGCAGCAAAGCCAUAUUUUUAUGCCAAGUGAGCACUGUUUCUGAAGACUUCACUUUGCUGAAAGAUGUUAGUGUUGAUGCUGGUCCUGCCAUGGAAUUUAGGCUGUGCCCACUCCCAGAUGUGGCUUUCACUGAUCUCUUGCGGCUUCGAAAUGCUGCCAAAAUCCAGACAUUCACCUACUCAUCACAUAGAAAGUUCAACGAGACAUUGGAGAGAAAAUUAUUCAAAGGAUUAACAGGUGUCACUUCAUUGUCUCUUGCAAACAAUGGCCUGACUACUCUGCCAUUUGAUCUUCUCAUGGACAUGCCGCUUCUUCAGCAAAUAUCUUUCUUGAAUAAUAUGGUGCAGUUACCAGCGGACUUUUUCCAGCCUGCGCUCAGUCUUAGGACCAUAGAGCUUGGAAAAAAUGAACUCACAGUUAUUCCUACUGAUCUGUUCCGUAAUCUGAAGAAACUUGAUCUUCUAAACUUAUGGAAAAACAAGCUGUCCAAUUUAUCACCAGAAAUGUUCAAGGAUCUCACAAGUUUGACAUCACUUGAUCUUCGACACAAUGGACUUUCAUCACUACCAGCUGAUAUUUUUAAACAUUUGACAAGCCUAAAGAAUCUCCGAUUGGAUGGAAAUGAUUUCCAAACUCUACCAGCUGAUCUUUUCAAUUCAAACAAAGGAUUGGAAACUGUUCAUUUGUCUGAUAGUCGAAAACCCAAUUUUAAACUUCCAAGUGGAUUUUUUGCAAACCUUCCAAACUUAACAACGCUUGAUUUAAAUAAUGCUGGUUUAAGAGACCUUCCAAAUGAUAUAUUUUGGGGGUCUAAUAAGAUAACCAGUAUUUCUAUGAGAAACAAUCAACUGAAAGAAAUCUCAAAUGAAGUAUUUCAGAAUGCUACUGACUUAGAGAAGAUCAACCUUUCCUUCAAUCACAUAAAUUCUCUGCAAGAGUAUGUUUUUCAGCAAUGCAAGAAGCUCAGAACUCUUGAUAUUUCACACAACAAAAUGACUAAUUUAUCACGGAAUGCCCUGUCUGGUCUUGACGCUCUGGAAGAACUACAUUUGGAGAAUAAUUUGCUUAGUUACAUAGACAAAGAUACUUUCUCUUCAAACUGCAAACUGAAAGUUCUUAAUAUGGCUAACAACAGAUUAUCAUUUGAUUAUCUCAUUGCGGAUUCAAGACCAUUCUUCGAAGAUAAUUCUCCUCUUUAUAAAUGUGCUGGUCUAGAGAAAAUUGAUCUCUCUAACAAUUCAAUUUCCUACAUCUAUAAUGAUUGGAAAAACUUCUUUACAAAUUUAAGUUUGAUAAAUAUGAGCCACAAUGCCCUUGAAAGUAUCAGCUUUUACUCCGAUGCAUUUAGUCCACAUCGUGACCGUGAGAUUGAUGUGAGUCAUAACAAAAUCUCUGUUUUUGACAUUGACGAGCGAUCUGAAUCAUGGGCAAUAGAAAAUGCCCAGUUGGCGAAUUCCGACAAAAGACAGACAUGGCUUUUGCAUGGAAAUCCUUUCUCAUGCAAUUGCUCAAGUUAUCACUUCUUCAGGUAUCUGGAGAAAAAGCUUUCACCAGAGGUUCAGCGUCUGGUCAACAUAGUACCUGGAAAUCUGGCCUGUGCAGGCCCAGAUGGGUGGCAGUCAACACCAGUUACCAAAGUGCUGUCAAAGGCUAUUACUUGCCCUUUGGCCCCGUCUGUUGCAUCCAUCUGCCCUCGGCCCUGCGCUUGCAAUUUCCGGGUUGCGGACACUGCUCUGAUUAUUGACUGUAUUGGGAAGAACUUGACGGAAGCACCUGCUGCACUACCAAGGAGCAGUACAUCUAAUCACACUGAGCUGUAUCUUACCCACAAUAAGCUUCAGGCAUUGCCAGACUUCACUCAGCCUGGUUAUGAAAUGGUGUCUAAACUGGCAUUAGGAUAUAAUAAUAUUACUGGAAUGCAUAAUGUAACAAACCUACCAAAAAUUCUGCAGGUCAUUGAACUGCAUCAAAACAACUUAACUGUAGUUGAAGCUGAAACCAUGGAGGCUUUUUCAAAUCUUACCAACUUGACAAGUCUUACUUUACAUGACAACCCAUGGAAGUGCGAUUGCCAUCUUCAGCCCUUAAUAAGCUUUGUUCAGGUCAACUUCAGAAAGAUUACAAAUCCGGAUAAAAUGAAAUGCUUGAAUGGUCAGCUUUUGUCAGCGCUAACAGUUUCAGGCUUGUGCUCCCAAACAAGCAGUGUUGUUUGGGCCUCGCUAGUCGUUGCAUUGCUGCUCGGCGCGCUCGUCGGAGCAUCAUUUGCUGUUUACUACAAAUACACCCGGGAAAUUAAGGCAUGGCUUUUUGCUCACAACAUGUGUUUGUGGUUUGUUACUGAGGAAGAGCUGGACAAGGACAAACUUUAUGAUGCCUUUGUUUCAUAUUCUCAUAAGGAUGAAGACUUUAUUUUAAAUGAGCUUGUCCCUAAUCUGGAGGGAGGUCCCAUUCCCUUCAAGCUCUGCUUGCACUACCGAGAUUGGGUUGCUGGUGAAUGGAUUCCAAACCAAAUAACAAGAUCAGUUGAAGAGUCAAGACGAACCAUUGUUGUUUUAUCUCCAAAUUUCUUGGAGAGUGUAUGGGGCCGGAUGGAGUUUAGGGCCGCUCAUUGCCAAGCACUUAAUGAAGGACGUGCUCGUGUUAUAGUUGUACUUUUGGGUGAUAUUGGACUCACAGAGGACUUAGACCCUGAGCUGCGUGCAUAUCUGAACAUGAAUACCUAUGUUAAGUGGGGUGACCCAUGGUUCUGGAAAAAGCUUAGGUAUGCCCUCCCUCAUCCUCCUAAAGCUAUGAAGAGUAGCAUAGAUCUAGUCAAUCGGAGCACCAGACACACAAAUGGCAAAUCGAAUGAUGAUAAAUUGGAACUAAUAUGUGAGCCAAAUGCUCUUCCGCCCGUAACCACUCCACCUGCUGAGGGCAAUAUCACUGAUCCUCUGUGCAUCAAAAACGCAUUCAAUGGAGCACUUUCCUCACCAAGGAAAGUUAUUAUUCCAAAUCAUGAAACAAAUGGAACUGCUGCUGCUGUUGGCUAAUUUUGACUAUUGUAAAAUGAAUAGAACUCGUGAUAAUCUGUGCCAUAGCACAUAUCCGUACAGUGAUUGUCUCAAAUAACGAUCUCAGUUAUGUUGAAGAAUUUGUUUUUUCUCAACAUUAAGUACCUGAAUCUAUGAUAGAUAUGCCCAGUGUUCGACUGUCAUGCCAGUGAUCAGUUGUAUUUCCCCCUUAAGUCAUGUAUAAUCAGAGGUUUUGAUAUAAACUAUGAAAAGACUGAUGUGUCAACUACAACUGUGCUCAAAAGACUUAAUUACUUGAAUUAGUUUGGAUGAAGUUUAUUAAGACUGCUCUAAUGUGUAGAAGAAUGCAUAUUUAAUUAUUUUGUAAGUGUGUUUGUGUUUGUGAUCUUUGUGUGUCCAUGUACUGUUAAUAGCAAUUGUAGUUUGUUUUUGUGUUUUAAAAAUAGUUCUGACGAAGAUGUUAUACUAUGACCUUUGAUGUGUGAGUUUGUGUGUGUGCGUGUUUUAUGUUGUCUUGCCCAUAUGCUUGUCACAUUCGACAUGUCAGUGAAAUCUGGCAUUAUGUGGAACCUAUAUUUAAAUUAAACUUCUGAAAACUGUCUC